AUGGCAAAGAAUAAGAAGAAGGGAAGCGGCAGUCAUAAAGCCAAGGCUGCUGGAUCAGCGAAAGACGUCAAGCCUGUUGAUUCCAAUAAAGCACAAGAUUCUUCACUGGUUCAUUCCAAUAAUCUUGAACUACCCGAGAAUAAAACAGAAGAUCAUAGCAUCGCUACUCAACAAGAGGGAGUACCACAGGAAGUAGAAGAAGUAGCGAGAAAAGAAGAAGUCAAGGAUGAAAUAGAAUCACAAGAGUCAGAGAAAUCGAUAGAAAAGGAAGUUGUCGAAGAGGCAGAAGAGGGAGUAGAAUUGAAAGAAUCAGAGAAGAAGUUGGAAGAACAAACCAAUCCCCAACAAUCAUCUGAAGACUCAAAAAAUAACGAGCUUGAUCUUGUUAAGCAAGAAAGAGAUCAAUACGAAUUUAAAUACAACACUCUUCUAAGUAAGAUCUCGUCUAUGAAAACGGUCUUCAGUCAGAUGAAAGAAGCACAACAAGAACUAGAAAAUACCAGAGAGCAGCUAGAUGAAUAUGAAAGUCAGAACAUUAGUUUAAAACAGAAGCUAAAAUCUAAUGAAUCGGAGAUUCAGGAUAAUCAAGAAACAAUUUCUACAUUAAACGACGAGAUAGUAAAUUUGAAUAAGGAGUGCGAAGGAUUGAGCUCUGAGUGCCAAAAUCUAAAGGAUGAGGUCAAAAAAUUACAACACCAGCUUGAAGACAUCACUCGUGAGAGAUCCAGCUUGAGCAUGUCUAUGAAGACUGAAAUUGAGAACCUCAAAUCUCAAAUUGCGAAUCUGGAAAUUAUUAUCAAUAAUGAGAAACAGGAUAAGCGUGAACUUGAAGAGCAGAUAGCAGACUUUGAGCAGCAAAUAAAACAACUUACAGAUAUCAAGGAAUCACAAAGUCAAGUUAUUUCUAACCUAGAGGGACAACUUUCUGACGCUAAGACUGCCAUCGAUACAUUAAAGAAAGAAAAGGCAGCCGAAUAUGCAAAGCUCAGUGAAGAAAUAUCACAGUUAGCCAAACAUAAAGAGCAAAGUGCAUCUGAAAUUAAUGUCAUGAAGGAAAAAAUGAAAUCCAUGGAAGAAGAUGUUGCAUUAAAAGAAAAGUUUGAACAAGAAGUUAAAGAAAGAGUUCUCCAAAUCGGUAAAUUACGUCAUGAGGCUAUUAUCCUUAACGAACAUUUAACUAAGGCAUUGGCGAUGCUCAAGCAGAGCAAUGACUCUGAAAAUGUGGAUAAAGAACUAAUCUCCAAUUUAUUCAUAUCAUUUGUUACCAUUCCUAGAGGUGAUCCUAAAAAGUUUGAAGUUUUGGAGCUAAUUUCAAGCUUCCUUAACUGGGAUGCGGACAAAAAGUCACAAGCAGGUUUAAUUCAGAACCCUAAUCACGUCCAUACAGGCUCUCGGACCCAAAACUUCGUAUCCUUAUGGACAGAAUUUUUGGAAAAGGAAAGUGAAAAAUAG